GCGGGAUGUAACAGAAUUCGUACCAAGAUAAGGUUUCGGUUUGCGGAAUUGUUUCGCGUGACUAUAAGCAUUAGAAUCCUUAAAUACAACAGAUAUGGAAAAUUCGGCCUAUGUACCAAACUCCGCUCAUUUGAACUCACCAGCUUUGGUAGUAUUUUCACAAGCUGCUGGUGGUCUCCAAGAUGCCCUCAGAAUACAAAGACCUUUUAAUCCACAGUUUACCAUGUCAGAAGCAACUAAAGACCUGCACAGGCCUUUUACAGCAUCGUCUUUCGGACUGAGACACAUGGAAGCCUACAGCGGCAUUCCUGCUCAUAUCCUCAAUCACCUCCAGCCACAGUUUCUUCAUCCAGGUCUGACCCUUGGUUCGGGAGCAUUCCGGCCUUUAUCCGACCUAAAAUCAUUCCCUUCACCAUCAGCUUUCGCUCCUCCUAAAUGUCUCAAAAUCGAAACCAGCAAUGAGUCCCUUCAUGCUAGUCACAACCACAAUAUAUUCUCUCCUUCUGAGGACAGGCUGCUGGGACCUAGUCCUCGCACAGAUUCCUGCUCACCAGCCAGCGCUUCAAUGUCUCCACAGCCUCAAACAGCCGUCAAAGAGGAGAGUCUGGACGCUCAGAUGUCCGAAGACGGCGAGGUGCAGGGCCAGGGCAAUGAGAGCGAUUCACCAGGAGUUCACGAAGACUCCAGAGGGUUCAGAAUAGGCCCUCUAUUUGGUGGGGGUUUCAAUGGAAAUGGAGCUUACACUUUUACAGUACCAGGACUACCACCAGCUGCCCAUGCUCUUGCUAAGACUACGUUUCUCUUCGAUCACGAUUUCGUGAAGAAUAAAAAGCGGGAUCCUUCGAGUUGUCCUGUUUGCGGUCUGACCAUAUCUCCGGGUGAUUUAGAGACACAUUUUAUGCACGAAUUAGAGCGGCUUUACAAAUUGAGCGGAUCUGGAAUAGCGGCGUCCAGAAAACGAAGUAGACCGGAGCCGGGUAGACCUCCAGCUCUGCCAGGCGAUAGCGGACCCGAGGGACGAUGGGAAACUUUUCAACGGAUAAAAACCAACCGCCACGGUAGACUUCGGAUUAAAAUUCGAAAAAGAAAAGCCGACGACGUGUGUUCGAUAUGCACUGGGCAUCCUCAAAGAACGCAGGAGGAUAUAAAUUUGCACGUUGAGCGGUGCAUUAGAAAGAAUAACGCCAACGAUGAAGACGAGACGGUAGACGUCGAAGGUGACUCGGAACUCGAAGAAUGGCACGAAUCGCAAAGAAAAAGAACCAGCUCUCUGGUUGGCGGUUUAUCGAUAACAACAAGCACUGGAAGAACAGACAUGGAUAACGAGGAUGUGAUUGUAGACGGUGACGAACCCGAGGAGAGCACAUUCGGCCCUUCGCAAUAUACAGAAAACGACGUUGUGAUAAAAGAAAGUAAAGACAAAGAAGGAGUGCAAUCGCAGGUUGCUACGGUGAAUUCCAGCGGUGAUGUUGAAGUGAAAGUCGAGAGCGUGGGUCAGCAAUGCGAUAGCAACGUGAGCACUUCGGACGCGGAGCCGAGCAGUAGGGCGCAAAUGAUUGAAGAACUGAGAAAUAGAAUUCGACAACUGGAAGCGGAGGGUGGCGGUGGUGAGCCGGCAAGUAGCACCGAUACCGAAGACUAUAAAUGUUUAAUUUGCUUGGAACACUAUAAAAAACCUGUUAUAUCGACCGUUUGCUGGCAUGUACACUGCGAGGAAUGUUGGCUUCAUACUUUGGGUAGCAAAAAGGUAUGUCCACAAUGCAGCAUGAUUACUUCUCCUACCGACCUUAGGCGAAUUUUUAUGUAAAAAAAUAUAUCAACUAACUUAUUAAUUAUAUCGAUUAUUGUCGUUUAGCGGAGAAUUUUUAAACAGUCACCGAUAUAGAAUUUUAACAUUUAAAUAUUUUACAGGGUGUUCUUAACUAAUGUAAUGCAUACUCUUUGUGGUGACGUGUUUACGAAUCUCUGUAUAAGAUCAAAGAAAAUAAUAGACAUUUUUAAAACACACCUUUAAAAAUACUUGCUUUUAAAAAAUAAAUUUUAUAACGUAUAAUUUAAACACAUAAUGUAUUCCGUGACUAUUUUUCAGUUGUUGUAAGUACCUAAAUCAUAGAAAAAUAGUAAGUAAUUAGUACAUUUACGAAAUGAAUAGAUACACUUCCUGCUUGUGUUAAAGGCCAAAUGUACGAAUUUUAUUCAAUAAGCCUUGAAGGUGUUUUUUGAAAAUAUGUUUUAAAUGUUGAAAUGUUAAAGCACCGUAUUUAUACUUGAUAAAAUGCACUUUUACUGGUAAAUAACUAACUAUAGCUUAGCUACUCAAAAGCAGCGUGUAUUCAUAUUAUUAAGAAACUUCUGCUACUGAUUUAAUUCAUUUAUUACAAAAUGUAAAUGCCUUUCUUUAGAAAGCCAAUCCCUCAAACAUUUAUAGACAUUUAUUAACAUUUUUGGUAAGUUCCUGUUCCCUAUACUAAACAAAUUAAUUUACGGUUUUCUCAUAAAACAAGGUGUGAUAUUUUAUGAAAAUAAUACCUUGUAAAACGAUUACUUACUGAUCUAUAAUUUUUGAGUCAUUCUGUAGGUAUUAUAAAUAUGUUGUAUUGAAAUUUUGAUCUCAUAUUUUUCAUUGUUAAGAGUAUGUUUAUAAAUUUUAUUUAUUUUUUAUUCGACGUAACAGUAGCGAAACGAAAUUCAG